UCUAUGCAAAAUAGAUGUGUGCCGGAGGAGGCAGCGACCCCUUCUCAUGUACUGGGGUUGGGUCAUCCCAAGGAAACCGGAAUGCACGGACGGUGUUAGUGGGGGAACAGGAAGUUCCGGACAGAAGCGCACCAUUAUUCAGUGUAAAGAAAGCGCCAGAACGGUGCAGUCAAUAAGAUAACAUUCUUGUCCUUUUCUAUUUAUUACUACAGGCCGACUCAGAUUAAGUCUGAGGCCGGUAACAUAAACAGUGAGGACAAACGCAGCCUGCCUCUCUCCUUCCACACUGAGUCCAAACCUACAGUCACUGGGUCCUGAUUGUGACAGUGGAGCCCAGUUUGCACUACAGGAUCCAGAGAUGGCAUCAGUGAAGCUGGAAGACUGCAGUCCAACAAUGGAGCUGAAUAUUGACAUUAAAGAUGAAGAAGAGGAGGAGAAGAUUGGGGGAUCUGUUAGUCAUGGUAUGAGGCCGGUAACAUCAACAGUGAGGACAAACCCAGCCUGCCUCUCUCCUUCCACAGUGAGUCCAAACCUACAGUCACUGGGUCCUGAUUGUGACAGUGGAGCCCAGUUUACACUGCAGGAUCCAGAGAUGGCAUCAGUGAAGCUGGAAGACUGCAGUCAAACACUGGAGUUGAAUGUCAACAUUAAAGAUGAAGAAGAAGACGAGGAGAAGAUUGGGAAAUCUGUUUCUCAUGCCUUCUGAAUACGUACAGGUAGCCUAGUGGUUAGAGAGUUGGCCAGUCAAUUAAAGGCUGCUGGAUCGAAUGACAAGGUAAAAAUGGAUCGUUCUGCCCCUGAGCAAAGCAGUUAACCCACUGUUCCCUCGGCGCCAGAGAUGUGGAUGUCGAUUAUGGCAGCCCCCCGCACCUCUCUGAUUCAAAGCGGUUGGGUUAAAUGUGGAAGACACAUUUCAGUUGAAUGCAUUGUUGUACAGCUGACUAGGUAUCCCCUCUCCCAUUCAGAAAGUAUUUAGACCCCUUGACCUCUUUGGGACUCCCGAUCACGGCCAGUUGAGAUACAGCCUGGAAUCGAACCCGUGUCUGUAGUGAUGCCUCAAGCGCUGAGAUGCAGUGCCUUCGACCGCUGCGCCACUCGGGAGCCCCUUGAAGUGUUGAAGGUCCCCAAGAACAAUUUUUUUUACAUAUUUAUUAGUUCCAAUUAGGACAAUCAACAAUUACAGAAUGAGUCAUAAUGAUAUUUAUUCUACCAAUAAUAGAUACAAGCAAUGAUGUCCAUCUGUUGAUGGAUUAUGUUGCAUUUGUUACCAUGGGUUCAUAAUUUGCUGAGCUCGAGCUAAUUUCUGGUUUUUAAUUUUUAAUACCAAGAUUUUUAAUACCAAGAUAUGUGAAACCUUGUUCUGUAUUCACAAAUAGAUGCUGUACAACUGGAUUCAGUAUCUUGUUUGAGGAAAAGGAUGGAAGAUUUGGUUUUACUAACUUUAAACCCAAAAAACGGACAAGUUAUUAAUUAAAUUGGAGAGGGAAUAGUUAUUUAGAUCUGUUAGGAAUAAGAGGAUAUCAUCAGCAUACAGCUCCACUCUUUGUUCAAAAUCUGUUUUAAUUCCACUAAUUAACGGUUGGGCCCUUACUGCAAUGUCAAAGGGUUCUAUAGCUAAAAGAAAGAGUCCUGGACUGUCUGGACAUCCUUGUCUCGUGCCCCCGAAAAAUCUUUAAAUGUUGUGAAAUCAAGUUGUUAGUGGCAAUGUCUGUAGUGGGGUCAGUAUAUCAUCUCUUAAUCCAUUUUACAGAAGUAGUUCCCAAAUCUCUGAAAUAAGACCACUCAACUCUAUGGAAUGCCUUUUCUGCAUCAAGUGAGAGUAUGGCAGUAUCAGGGGACCCUUCACAUGUGCACUGUUUAGUACUCUCCUUACAUUGUGAAAACCUUGGUUUUUCACAAAACCAUUUUGGUCUUGGUGUAUUAGAUAUGGGAGCAGUCUAUCCAAUCUCCUGGCUAAGGCUUUAGCACUAAUUCUUGAGUCGGAUUUCAGAAGAGAAAUUGGUCAAAAUGUGAAAGUUAGACUUUCCCGACAGUAGUCAUGCCUUGUGAUUUGGCUACACACAAUCCACAGCUAGGAUAUUUAAAGGUAGGUUACCUGAUCCUGUCAAACGGGUUUCCGGAACGAAAGACUACAAAACUGAGAGGUGCGGUUGGAUCCGGCUCAAAUGAAGUACCAACCUUUUCAUAUUAUGGAGUAGGGCCAUCCCAAGGAUCCCUGAAUGCAUGGACGGUUGCAACAAAUCUUUUUUUAUAACUAAAUCAAGAUAGACCACAGCUGGUCAUUUCCAAUGGGAACAGAUGAGUCAUAGUGGGCAGUGCCAAGCCCGAGCUCCUAUUGGUGCAUUCUAGCACAAAUCCUGCAUAUUUCUGUUAGAGAACGGCUCUGUGAAGAACUUGUGUGCAAUAACUCAAUUCGCCUCGGCGUUCCUUCUAAAUAACGUGAUUAUUUAAAACUUUUGCAAAGCGUGAAGUCUACAAAACUUAGUCCACUCUGUUCAUAACAGAUUUUAGUUUUGGGAACAGAACUGUAUUAAGAUCAGAUGUUUCAUAGAUCCAUCUUCUCCCACUGCCGGCCAGUGGGCUUCCUCUCACUCCCCUAUUGUUUUAUCUGAGGCUGCACUGUGGUAGUGGGGGAACAGGAAGUUCCAGGCAGGCACGCUGUCAUGUCCUGGUCUAAGUAUUUUGUGUUUUUCUUCAUGUAUUGGGUCAGGCCAGGGUGUGGCAUGGGGUUUUUGUAUUAUGGUGUGUUUUGUCUUGGGGUUUUGG